UGCUUCAGUUCCAGUCAUGGCUGACGUAGAGCCCAAUAAACACAAUUUCUCCAAGUCAAGAACACAAUCUUCAGGAGGGAUGGUGGAAAACAAAGACCUUGAGAAACGCAAGCUUUCUCAGAAGCGAAAGACACUGCCUGUGCAGCUAUCCAUGGGUGGCCACCUGUCCCCAUGGCCCACAUACACCAGUGGCCAGACAAUUCUAUAUAAACGAAAGCCCUGUUCAGAAGAGUGCCGGAAGCGAACCAAUAGCUGGCAGCAGCAGCCCCCCAACAUUGCCAAGCCCAGGUACCUGGAGCAACUAGAGAACCACCUGCGCAAGGAACUCCUCCUGCUAGACCUGGGCACGGACUCUUCAGAAGAGCUGAGGCUGCAGCCUUACAGGGAGAUCUUUGAGUUCUUCAUAGAAGAUUUCAAGACAUACAAGCCCUUGUUAUCCUCCAUCAAGAAUGCGUAUGAGGUGAUGCUGGCUUACCAAAGGGAGAAAAUUCGGUCUCUGGAGCCCCUGAAGGCCAAGAUUGUCACUAUGAAUGAGGACUGCAAUGAGAGAAUCCUGGCAAUGAGGGCUGAGGAGAGGUACGAAAUCUCCAUGCUCAAGAAAGAGAAGAUGAAUUUGCUUAAACUCAUUGAUAAAAAGAAUGAAGAGAAGAUAUCACUGCAGAGUGAGGUGAAUAAACUAAGGAAGAGCUUGGCUGAGGAGUACUUGCGCUACCUUACUGAACGAGAUGCCCGCAAGAUUCUCAUUGGGGACCUGAAUGAGCUUCGGUACCAGCGAGAAGACAUGUCAUUAGCCCAGUCCCCAGGUGUUUGGGGAGAGGACCCUGUGAAGCUAACACUGGCACUGAAGAUGACUCGACAAGACCUGACCCGAAUUCAGAUGGAACUCAACACGAUGAAGGCCAACUUUGGAGAUGUGGUACCCAGGAGGGACUUCGAAAAGCAGGAGAAGACCAACAUGGAACUUCAAGACAAGCUGGAAUGCCUGAGAGCCGACUAUGAAGAGGUCCGGAAGGAGCACGAGAUGCUGCUGCAGUUGCACAUGAGCACACUGAAGGAACGGGACCAGUUCUACUCUGAGCUGCAGGACAUCCAGCGCAUCUCCACACCUCGACCUGACUGGAACAAGUGCGAAAAUAUCAUAGCUGGGGGCCCAGAACGCUGGUUAAUGCUGGCUGAAGGAAAGAACAGUGACCAGCUGGUGGAGGUGCUCCUGGAGGAGAUUGGCAUCGGUUUGCUUCGAGAGAGAGACUUCUUCCCUGGUCUGGGCUAUGGGGAAUCUGUCCCUUCUUUCCUUCACUGUGAUGCCACUGUGGAGAACAAGAAGCCAACCAAGAAGGAGGUGGUGAAUCUCCUUGGGGAUGCCUGGAAGGAGCGACUUGCAGAGGAGCAGAAGGAGCCAUUCCCAGAUUUCUUCUUGAAUUUUCUGGAGCGUCGCUUUGGGAUCAAUGAUGCCAUGGCCUGGGCUUAUACCAUUUUUGAAUAUAUUAAGCUCUUUCGCUCCAAUGAGAUCAUGAGUCAGUUCUAUGCAGUUUUGACGGGAAAGAAAAUGGAGAGUAUAUAUAUCAACUAUAAGGAGACAGAGUCCCAUCUGCUGAAGGAGAUGGCAAAUGCUGACACUCAGAAUGAGGGGUUAAUAUCCAUGGAGCAAUUCAACACCAUCCUCAGGAGUACCUUUCCUCUAAAGAAGGAAGAGCAAAUUCAGGAGCUGAUGGAGGCAGCAGGCUGGGGUCCAGAGAGCACCAGUACAGAAGAGUUCAACUACCGAUUAUUGUUUACUGAGGAUGAGGAGGGCCAGAGUGAGCCAUUUGUGCAAAAGCUGUGGGAACAGUAUGAAAAUGAAAAGGAAGCAUACUUACAGGAACUGAGGCUGGAACUGGGCAUGGAUCUCAUUGAGGAGGUGACCUUACUGAAGAUGCGUGGAGCCCUGCUGGCCAUCGACCCCAGCAUGGACAAACAGACUCUCAGUGCCUACCUGGGCCAGGCCUUUCAGAUCCCUGUGGCAGAGCUGCCACUGGAGGAUGAGGAGAAACUGGAGGAAAUUUCGAUACCUCUUCAGACUGCUUUUGAACAGCUUCAGAUGGCAGACACCAAGCGUGUAGGACCUCGAGAGCCAGAGAUAGCAAGCUAGAACCCCUAU